UCUGUUUUCACUGGGAGUGAGAGGAGUUGUUGGAUGAAAGAAAGAGAUUCGGUGUUUGAAUAACUCCGUCAUUGGUGUGCUUUUCCGGCAAGGCAUUUCAAGACUAAUACAGCGAUGGCAGAGGCCCACCAGGCAGUGGCGUUCCAGUUCACCAUCACCCCAGAGGGGAUCGACCUGCGCCUUUCAUACCAGGCCCUGUCCCAGAUCUGCCUCUCUGGCCUGCGCUCCUGGAAGAAGAGGAUCAGCCGCAUGAGGAACAGGGUGAUCAAAGGGGUGUACCCUGCCAGCCCUUCCUCCUGGCUGUUUGUUGUCAUAGCGAUCCUGGCCACCAUGUACACACGCUCUGACCCCUCCAUGGGCCUCAUUGCCAAAAUCCAGGAGCACCUGCCCGUCAGUAGUCUGUCUCUGAGUGCCCAGGGCCAGACCAUGCUGUCAGUGCUGGUGUUCAGUACCCUGCUGUGGCUAUCUCUCAUCCUGACCCUGAGGUUCUGUCUCAAACUGCUGCUCUCCUACCACCGCUGGAUGUUCGAGCAGCACGGACGCAUCUCCACCACCACCAAAGUCUGGGUGACCCUGGUGCGUCUGCUGUCUGGCAGGAAGCCUCUCCUGUACAGCUAUCAGACCUCUCUACCUUGCCUGCCCGUCCCGCCCAUCAAAGACACACUGGAGAGGUACCUGGAGUCUGUGCGUCCAUUGCUGAGCAGUCCAGAGUUCGAGCGGAUGACUGUGUUGGCGGCUCAGUUUGAGAACAGUCUGGGGAACAGGCUGCAGCGCUAUCUCAAGCUCAAAGCUCUGUGGGCUACCAACUAUGUGAGUGACUGGUGGGAGGAGUACAUCUACCUGAGAGGACGAGGCCCCAUCAUGGUCAACAGCAACUACUAUGGCAUGGACUUUCUGUAUGUGACUCCCACGCCCAUCCAGGCAGCGAGGGCCGGCAACACCAUCACUGCUCUGCUGCUCUACCGACGCAAGGUCAACACUGAGCAGCUCAAACCUAGUCGUGUUCCAGGUACAGUAAUCCCUCUGUGUGCAGCUCAGUGUGAAAGGAUGUUCAACACUACUCGCACUCCAGGAGAGGAGACGGAUGUGCUGCAGCACUGGCAGGACAGUGAAUUUGUGGCAGUCUACCACCGGGGGCGCUACUUCAGGCUGUGGGUCUACAAGGCGGGGCGUCUCCUCUCCCCUAGAGAGAUAGAGUACCAGAUCCAGAGGAUCCUAGAUGACCCCUCACUCCCCGGACCUGGAGAGGACAGGCUGGGAGCACUGACUGCUGGAGACAGGGUGCCGUGGUGGACCGUAAGAAAGCAGUACUUCAGCUCAGGGGUGAACAAGCACUCGCUGGACUGCAUCGAGAGGGCCGCCUUCUUUGUCACCCUGGACGAUGAGGAGCAAGGCAUGAUGGGAGAAGACCCAGUGGGAAACCUGGACCGCUACGCCAAGUCCCUCCUCCACGGAAAAUGUUACGACAGGUGGUUUGAUAAGUCCUUCUCUGUGGUGGUGUACAAGAAUGGGAAGAGUGGGCUGAAUGCAGAGCACUCCUGGGCCGACGCCCCAACAGUGGCACACCUGUGGGAGUUUACCCUGGCCACAGAUGCCUUCCAACUGGGUUACACAGAGGACGGCCACUGUAAGGGAGAGGUGGAGCUCUCCUUACCGCCUCCUCAGAGACUCACCUGGGACAUCCCUGUGGAGGUUCAGGAGCAGGUGUCCAUCUCUCUGUCUGUGGCACAGGCCCUAGCUGACGAUGUGGACUGUCAUGUCUUCCCCUUCAGGGACUUUGGGAAGGGACGCAUCAAGAAGCUGAAGAUCAGCCCAGACGCCUUCAUUCAGUUGGCUCUGCAGCUAGCUUACUACAGGGAUCGUAAGACGUUCUGCCUCACUUACGAGGCCUCCAUGACACGGCUGUUCCGAGAGGGGAGGACUGAGACUGUACGAUCCUGCUCCAAUGAGGGCUGUGCCUUUGUCAAAGCUGUGGAGAGCGGAGAGGGGCCGGAGCACUGCAGGCGGCUGUUCCGAUUGGCUGCAGAGAAGCACCAGAACCUCUACCGAUUGGCCAUGACAGGGUCCGGCAUUGACAGGCACCUCUUCUGCCUGUACGUGGUGUCUAAAUACCUGGGGGUGGAGUCACCAUUCCUAACAGAGGUGUUGUCGGAGCCCUGGCGUCUCUCCACCAGUCAGACUCCGGUUCAGCAGUUGGAGCUGUUUGACAUGAAGAACCACCCAGACUUUAUAUCCCUGGGGGGAGGCUUCGGCCCUGUGGCAGACGAUGGCUAUGGAGUGUCGUACAUUAUCGUAGGAGAGGACAUGAUCAACUACCAUGUAUCCUGCAAGCACUCCUUCUCUGAGACGGACUCACACCGGUUCGGGGCCCAGAUCAGUCGGGCUCUACUGGACCUCCUCUCUGUGCUUACCCCAGCUAAGACUGAGAACCCACAGGCCCCGGACAAGAAACAGCAGUGAAUAGGAAAACCUGCAAAAUCGGCAGUGUAUCAAAUACUUGUUCUCCCCACUGUACAUAUAUAUAUAUACACAUAC